AUGCCGCAUGAUUACGGACUCGGUGGUGUUGGCUUCCAGCCAAAGCAUAUCGACCGGAAGGCUAUCCACACCAGUCUAGAAGAGAGAAUCAAGUAUCUCCAUGACUUUCUCGAAUUUGGUUCAGCCGAUAUUGAAGCCCUCGCCAGCGGUGCAAAGUAUAUUAAGCAACUCAUUCCCGCUGUCGUGAACCUUGUCUACAAAAAGCUUCUUCAAUACGAUAUCACAUCUCGUGCCUUUCACACUCGGACGACGGCAAACGAGGAUGAGUUGGAGGAAGAUUAUCUACAGGAAGAGACCCCUCAAAUCCAGCGACGCAAGAUGUUCCUUCGCUGGUACCUUAUUCGAUUGUGUCAAGACCCCACAAGUAUGGAGUUUUGGAGAUAUCUAAACAAAGUUGGAAUGAUGCACAGUGGCCAGGAGCGCAUGCACACCCUUAACAUCGAAUACGUCCACAUCAGCGUGUGUAUGGGAUACAUCCAAGAUAUUUUCCUCGAGGCUUUGAUGUCCCAUCCGCACCUCUCGCUCCGCCGCAAGAUCGCUCUUGUGCGUGCGGUGAACAAGAUCCUUUGGAUCCAAAAUGAUCUAUUCGCCAAGUGGCGUGUCCGUGACGGCGAAGAAUACGCCGACGAAAUGUCGGUCUACAGUUUCGGAUCUCGUGAAGGGUACCUCGGAGAUAAGAAGAUCCUUGGCUCCAGUUCAGGCAGUUCAGAGGAGGACGACAGGUCGAGCAUUGCUAGUGGCACGACAACGGCCCAAAGCAUAGCUCCGUCAACGGCUCCGUCAACACAUACCGCUGAUAGUGGGCUGACUGCGCAAAGUGGUUCAACUAAAGCAUCGGCAUGUCCGUUUGCUGAAUUUUCUAAGGCACAAUCUAUGGAAACUAAAAUUUGGGCGGGGAGGAGUUAA